GAGAGAGAGAGAGAGAGAGAGAAACUGAGAAAGAAAAGCAUCGGUGCUGCAGUUUGGUUUAGAUCUGAGUAUCUGAGUAGAGAAGCUGGAGAGCGAUUCAGCCCCGGAUGUUUCCUCGUGUAAUUUCACUCACCUCGCACGGAUACUUUGCCGGGAUUGUAAAGAGAAUAAAGAAGUGUUCUGUCCCAUCGAGAAGACGACAAGGAUCCUGACUUCCAGUGCAGUUACGUGGGAUUAAAUGGUCUCGAAGUACCUCAUGCCCUGCGUGCCGGUGUAGAAAGUAGAUUCGAGGUUGUUAAAAGUCCCAAACUGUUUCUGGCUGCAAGUUGUCGUCUCGGAUUGAAAGCUAUAACUCUGGAUUAUUACUUAAUCUACCAUGUUAUGUUAUUAGUAGGAUAGUUUUGUAACUAUAUAAACAUAUUCCACAGCGAUCCUGGAUGCUAAGCCGUUGUUCCACUCGCUUGGUUAGGCUAUUUAAAGUGCAUUUAUUAAAUGAAUGCAUUUUGAUCGGAAUGCUGCCGUACAUUUACUGCUCGGUUUUGUUGUUGUAGAAGCGACUAAAGAGUGGGCUUCUCAGUCUGAUGUUGCGGUUUUGCCACCAAUGCUCGUCAGUUGGCUGUGCAUGCAUUGCACGGCAUUUCAAAGACAUUAAUGUUUUGCAACGACCGCAGAAGCGUCUGUAAUAUUCGGAUAUCCGUAAAAAAUAAAACCAUCUAAUAGAUUUUCAAGUUGUCGUAUGUUCAGGACGAAACGCUCAGGUCUUGUGCGGCGACUCUGGAGAAGCCGUUUGAUCCCAGAUACCGAAGGAGAAGAUGGAAAUGGCCAAACUAGUGAGGGCUGUGGGGACGAUCUGUUCGGAAACAACCCAGAGAAAAUUCCCAAAACGGAGUUCAGACCGAUGACCCCUAGCGGGUCUCUAGUAGGGGACACAGGGGGUGUUUGCAGCCGGAUCCCCGCGGAGAGCUGCGGCUUGGGGGUCACAUCGGACCAAGAUGGGGGCGCAGGCUGCGUUCAGGAGCAGGGAAGCCCCCGCUCCGUGCAGGACAGAGAAUGCAGGACAGUGACAUGCUGCUUAUUCAAAGACCGGGACCACGCCGAGCUCAGGGGUCCAGACACGGCUCAGGGUUACAGGGAUCCCGGGUCGUGUCACUUCGUGCUAAGGGGCCUUGGGCCGCGGGAUUGCGGGUCUCCUGAGGCACCGGAGGCGAUGCCACGGACCGUGUUGGAGCAAGAACUGAAAGCAGCCACAUACUGUCUUUUAAAAAAGCUUAAGGAAAGGUCGUUGGAUACGUUACUGGAGGCAGUGGAGUCCAGAGGGGGGAUGCCGAGCGACUGUGUUAUGAUAUCCCGGACAGAGUUGAGGUUGGGCGGCCAUGUGGCCCCCCCACAGCUGCUUGUAUGUAAACUGUACCGCUGGUCCGACCUCCAGCACCUUGCCCAGCUCAAACCGCUCUGUGAGUGUAAGAGCUUUGGGGUCCCGGACAGUCCAACAGUGUGCUGCAACCCCUAUCACUACAGCCGGCUCUGUGGGCCAGAGUCACCUCCACCUCCUUAUUCGAGGCUUUCCCCUAAUGAAGAACACAAGCCACUGGAUCUGUCAGACUCUACAUUGUCUUACACUGAAACUGAGGCAGCCAGCUCACCAAAUAUCACACCAGGGGAAUUCUCAGAUGCCAGUAUGUCACCUGAUGUCCCUAAGCAGAGCCACUGGUGUAACGUGGCAUACUGGGAGCACCGUACACGUGUGGGACGCCUCUACACAGUGUACGAGCACUCUGUCAGUAUCUUCUAUGAUCUACCUCAGGGCACAGGCUUCUGCCUGGGCCAGCUCAACCUGGAGCAUCGCAGCAGCACCGUUCAGCGCACGCGAGGCAAAAUCGGCUACGGCAUCCUCCUGAGCAAAGAGUCCGACGGCGUUUGGGCGUAUAACCGCAGCGAGCACCCCAUUUUUGUGAACUCCCCUACCCUGGACGUGCCUAACAGCAGAACUCUGGUGGUGCGAAAGGUGAUGCCAGGGUUCUCCAUUAAGGUGUUUGACUAUGACCGAUCAUGCCUCCUGAGGCACACCACAGACACUGACCUCCUGGACGGACCUUACGACCCCAACAGUGUGCGAAUCAGCUUUGCUAAGGGCUGGGGUCCCUGUUACUCCAGACAGUUCAUCACCUCCUGCCCUUGCUGGCUGGAGAUCCUCCUCAACAACCACAGAUAACACAAACGGACCCACAAACUAUCCCAAAUAUCAUCUACCUAGAUUUAAUAUAAAGUUUUAUAUAUUAUAUGAAAUAUAUAUUAUACUUGUAAAUACGGAGUCAUUUUUACAAUGUAAUUAUUUAUGUAUUGUGCAAUGUGUGUAUGGACAAGAGGAAAAAAACGGAAAAUGCACUUUGGCUUAUAUAUAUUAUAUAUAUAAAUAUAUAUAAAGAUAAAGAAUCUUUCAAUACCAACUUGAGAAAUUAUAAAGCAAAAUUAGGAUGAGUCUGGAUUUGGUGUAUAGUUUUCAUAUACUAUUAAUAUCCAGACAAAAAGCUAACACCAUUCACACAUUGAUAAUAAAGUAUUCGCAUAUUAA